UGUCUAUUGUGGGGCACAAGAGUAGUCAUCCCAGCCACCCUUCGAGUACCCAUCCUGAAGGUGCUUCACGAGGGCCAUCCGGGCAUCGUAAGAAUGAAGGCGCUGGCCCGCAGCUACGUUUGGUGGCCCGGCAUGGAUGCUCAAAUCGCCAACUGGGUAAGCUCUUGCCAACCCUGCCAAGAAACCAGGGCUGCCCCGCCGGCCGCCACACCCACCAGGUGGGAAAGUGCUAAUGCCCCUUGGUCUCGCCUGCACAUCGACCUGGCUGGACCAGUGCAUGGCAAGACCUUCUUGGUGGUCGUGGAUUCCUACUCCAAGUGGAUUGACGUGGCCUUGCUUCCCACGACCACCACCCAAGCAGUAGUCAAAGCCCUGACACGUUUGUUUGUCACCCAUGGACUUCCAGACACGCUGGUGUCUGACAAUGGCCCGCAGUUCACGUCAUGUGAGUUCAGUAUGUACGUGGCCAAUUUGGGCAUCAGACAUGUCCUUACAGCUCCCUUUCACCCCGCUAACAACGGGAUGGCAGAGAGAGCGGUAAGGUCAGCCAAGGAGGCCAGGUAUGAGGAACCUUUUAUGGCUCACACAGGAAUUCAAGGAGUUGAAGUCCAUAAGUGA